AUGCCGGGCAGCCUCAGAGGGGCCGACCCUACCCAGGAUGAGCGGCGCCAGAUAGCCGGGGACGCUCCCGGGGAUCCCCGGGCCCUGGCUGGGAGAGGCGUUGUGGGGCGCACGUACACAGGCUCAGGUGAGGCGAGUGGGCGGCUGGGGCUGCAGCUGGUGCUGGCCACUGAGGAGCUUCUGCGCGACAGUGCGAUCGGUUGCACCUUCUGCGACAGGUGCCAGCCGGUUGGCGCGCAGCGCCUGCUAGCGCAGAGUCUGGCCCUUGCUGCUCCUGGCCCCGAAGACCGGGAAGUCGUAAAGCUCCUCAUCGCAGCUUAUGUGCGGCGGCGGGCGCGACGUCACAAGGGCGCGUCUUCCGCGACGUCACAAGGGCGCGUCUUCCGCGACGUCACAAGGGCGCGUCUUCCGCGACGUCACAAGGGCGCGUCUUCCGCGACGUCACAAGGGCGCGUCUUCCGCGACGUCACAAGGGCGCGUCUUCGCCGACACCAUAGAGGUGGGCCUUUGGCGAGUCAGAGGCGCGGGUGUUCGGCCACGUCACUGGGGCGCUAUGGUUCCUGGAGCUGGGCAGUCUUCUCGUCAGAGUGGGGACUGAUGAUGAUUAUUCCCCACCUUCUAAGAGACAAAGACCAACGAGCCACCACAGCCACCAGUCCCAGAACCCGCCAAUGCUGGGGAACGGAAAAUGAGGGAGUUCAACUCUGGCCCUCACAAUCCAGUGGAGGAGACGAAACUCAUCUGCCUCUGUCCCUCUGGGCACGCCUCAUGCCAGGUGCAUCUGUGGACAGGGGCCAUGCUCCUGGGCUUCCAAAGUUGGAGAAAGCUGCCAGGCUCAGGUCUGAAGGCCAGAAUUCUACAGUAAGUCCUACUGAGUCAAGGUGGGAGCAGGGUCAGUGGCUUCCGAGGCUCUGCGGGAGAAUCCGUUUCCUGGCCGUAGAGGUGGCCUGCACUCCUCAGCUUGUGCUGCCCGUCUCGAAUGACUGGAGUUUCCUGCUUCUGUCACUACACCUCCCACCCUCUCCAUCACCUGCUCUGCUCUUAUAAGGAUCCGAAGAAAUGGAAUCAUCGUAUCGCUGAUCUGCAUAAACAAAUUGAAGAAUUGUCUGAAAGAAAAUAUGACAUGAACUUAUGAAUUCAACAGGUGAAGAUUUACAACUUGAUAAAUCAACUUUGUGAGCUUGAGCUGUAAAAGCCAAAGGUCUGGUGAUGAUCCCAUACCCUUUUUUCCAGUCUCAUGUUGAAGGUUUUUAUGUAGAAGGCCUUCCCAAAGGAAUUUUUUUUUUUUUUUUGAGAUGGAGUUUUCACUUAUCGCCCAGGCUGGGGUGCAAUGGCACAACCUUGCUGGUCACUGCAACCUCUGCCUCCUGGGUUCAAGAAAUUCUCUUGCCUUAGCCUCCCAAGUCGCUGGGAUUACAGGUGCCCACCACCACACCAGGCUAAUUUUUGUAUUUUUAGUGGAGAUGGGGUUUCACCAUGUUGGCCGGGCCAGUCUCGAACUCCUGACGUCAAGUGAUCUUCCCGCCUCGACUCCUGACAUCAAGUGAUCUUCCCGCCUCGGCCUCCCAGAGUGCUGAGAUUACAGACGUGAACCCAUGCCUGGCCAGGAAUUUUGUUUUUUAGGAAGGCUUUCUACUAAUGGAAUUCCUGGCCUUGAGAGGAUGUUACUUUAGAAGGAAAGGAUUUUUUGUUAUUAAAAGAGCCACCUAAGCUGAAGAUUCCCUUGAGAACAAGUACUGUCCUGCGGUUUCAUGGCCUUUCUUCCAUUUGUGGUUCUUGUGAAGUGGAAUUUAAAUGACAUCUUAUCAAGAUGGAUAAACCCUAGUUUCCCAGUGCUGGAAUAUAGAAAAUGGAUGGACAAGUAAAUCCCACUCAGCACCCAUAGUCCAGGCAUGGGGAUCUCAACACACCUGAGCCCCAGACAUCACCUUUCAUUCUGGACCUACCAUGAAAGACUUCUGAAUCCAGGAAGAGAAACUGACUGGGCAACAUGUUAUUCAG